UCAUAUUGCUUGCAGAAGUGAAACAUUUUUUGUGCAUGUUGUAUUUUAGCGUGGGUGUUAUAAGGAUUUCCUGUAUCGAGUUUAUUUUGACCUGGUCUAUACUGUUCAACGAUUCUGCGAAUUCAAGAUGCUCUAUUUCAGCGAAACACUCCCUUUCCUGUCUUUCAUGGUUCACGACUUCAAAGAAGCUUAUAAUUGAAUUUCGCUUUUAUUUCCAAGAAACCACGGAACAGAAAUAUUAGUUUGUAAAAUCUACUGCUGUUUGCUGAAUUURAAGUUAACGAAUUUGACUUCUGAUUUGUUUAGCAAAGAUGUCGGAUAGGACAAAGGUAAGCUUACAAGAAAAGCUUGUGCUACAUAUGCCGUACGAAGGACAUAUUCGUCUCGCUGUGCUUCUUUCGCCCGAAACGAUCAAUGGAAACAACUAUAAAUUGCUAGCUGAAAAGUUGGGUUUUACUACAGAGGAAAUAAGAAAUCUUGAGACUAAAGAUGAACCUGUUCUGGAACUCUUCAAAGAUCGAAGAUGUCUUGAUCUUACAAUUGCUUGUCUCAAAUCGAAGCUGUUAGAGAUGGAACGUCUCGAUGUGAUAGAUGAUUUGAAAACAUAUGAAGAGGAGACACCGACUCCUUCGGAAUAUGAGAGAAUGUAUGCAGAAAGGGCAAAAGCCAGAAUUGAGGAGUUUGGGGACUUAACAGUUCUCCCUGRUGAUAAAAAGUAUGAUGCAUUUAUCUGUUAUUGCAAAAGGGAUGUGUUAUUUGCAAAAGAACUGUUAAGUAAAUUGGAGGCUAAACCUUAUCACCUUAAACUUUGCAUCGAUUAUCGGGAUAUCUUGCCUGGRGGAGAAAAAUUGAGCACAGUUGUCAAUGUUAUUGAGGAAAGAUGUCGUAAGGUUAUAGUUAUAAUAUCAAAGCACUUUUCUGAAGAUGUAGAUGCUGACUUUCAAGCAAAAAUAGCUUUAAGUCUAUCUCCAGGAUGCAAAGAGAAGAGAUUAAUCCCUAUUGUGUAUGAUAACAGAAAGCAUGUUCCUGCAAUACUCAAACACAUAACACAUCUAGAUUACACCAACAAGAUAGCCAGAGAGUACUUCUGGCCCAAUUUGGCAAGGUCUCUAGGCUACAAAGACUAAGAUAUUAGUGUAAUCGUUGUAAUAAAGGAGAGUAUGUUCCUGUAAACAUAAUGAUGCUAGGGAAACCUCUCAAACAAGGMAUUGUCACAGAAUUGAACAGCAUUCACUAAGCUGCAUUUAGUACUGAAAAUCUAUAAUUUGCAAUGAUUUGUUUUACUUUGUGAAAUUGAACUUUUGUACUUUAGUGCUAUAGGAUUAACAAGACAAAGGACAACUCAGACUAAACACUUCUCAUUGUCUUUCCAUGUAUUCCUUUGCUCUAAAAURCUAAAGUUCUAUUUCUUUAGAACAKUGUUUUURUAAUUAGGACUAAGUUUCAUUUUUUAUAAGUGACUCAAUCUGCACAUAUAGUGGAAGUGAGUUUAACCAAUCAUACCAUACUCUGCAGUCAGAUCUUUUAAGUUAGAAUUUUAGUAAAAUUGUAUCUAUUUAAAAAAAUGAUAAUUACAAUAUACUGGUAAAUUGACUUAUUAUUAUUUUGAGGCGGAUACGUAAUAUUGUCAACGUUGUACAAUGCUGAUUUCAUUAUUUUAGGUGGAUAUUUAAUAUUGUCAAAGUUGUACAUUGCUGAUUUCAUUAUUAGUACAGUAUAAUUAAUGAUAGUUAGACUUAAUUGCAAUAUGUAGAUUUGCAAAUAAAUACUUUGUUUGUUUUUUA